AUGCCGGAGAUAACAAUAUCGGGAAGAUUGAGAGGUAUGAUACUUGUCACUUUUGAGUGCAAUCCGCUUAUUGGCAUCAGGAGGAUAGUCAAAUGUCACAUCGAUCUGCACAAUCUCGAGGCUGCUCAUGCAGUCCUCGAAAAGAUGUCGCCAUCGCGAAAACAGCACGCACUCUCUCGAUAUCUGCGAUAUUGUCUCGCUCUGCGCCGUGGAGAUGAAACCGAUGCGAGAUCGACGUUAGCCUCCCUUGCCACCGUGCACGAUGACCGGAACAAAUUACUUUUCGCCGCUGUUUCAGAGGCUACGCAAUAUGGUAGCAAAUUCCAGGGAGCGCAGCUAUUGCAGCGUAUUCUGGACAAAUACAAAGACAACGUGCCACCAGAAAUCGAUGCAUGUGCCCUUUUGAGAUGUACAGUCCGCCUUCUCUAUUCGGCAGUUUCGGAGGCUAACGACAUCGACGAAGAGCUUCUGUCUCGACUAUGUGGAAUCUUCAAGUCCGCAGCACUAUUCACGCAAAAACAACAAAAAAGAGAAAGGAUGACAUUAGAUGAUCGACUGCAGGAAAGCAGGUGGUUUGAGAAGACCAGCUACAACACCGCUGUGCAAUACCUCAAGUCAUGGCCUGCAAAAUAUGUCAUUGACCUUCUGCACUAUUCGUGUCAAGUGAGUGCAGGCACCGAAAAAUAUCAAUCCGAGAAGCGUGUCCUUGAAGCCGAGGCAAAGUACAUUCAAGCUAUCCUGUACACGAUCGAGGCGAGGCGCGCCUCUACAUUAUGUAUAACUGACAUUCCGAAGACGGCUUAUUCCAGUAGCGCUCCGCCGCAGUCACUGGCAGAAAUCAAGUCUACUUUGUACAGGAAUGUAUUCGCUAAGUACACAGAAAUUCAAGCUCACCGGAAAGUCUUACAUGAGAGUUACAAUAUGGGCAUCAUCACGGAGGAACUCCUUGAUGCUAUCACGCAGAAACUCAUCGUCUUGGCUCCCUUGGCGUUCGAAGCAGUGCUCUUCAUGGCCUCUACAAGUCCAACAGAUAUUCCCGGUCAAGCUCAGGUUCUUGACGAACUCUCCCUUACUCAGAUAGUCGACCAAAUGGUGCACCUCAACCCACCUCAGAAGACCUAUUCGAUCUUUGCCGAUAUGAUCCUCUCUGCCUCCACCGGGUCCCUCGAUCAGGAUUUGGCCAAAUCUAUGCUGCCGAUUUCUGUUACAACGAAUUUGCUCGCCAAGCUGAUAUCUGGGUUGCGAAAUCAUCCGGAUUACGACAACAAUCAAGCUGCAAGAUGGAUGAGGUGUGUGGUGCAAAUUGUUCUUGAUUGGAGGGACUCGCAAUCUCACCAGACCAAAAAAGACAGCACAAGGGAUGAAAAACAUCUGAGCAUCGUGGCGAGAAUCACGGAACAUGCCCUGGAUCUGGCCAGGUCUGCUCCUAGUCGAGAUUAUCCACCGGAAGAACUUGAAUGGCUCGCGGCUACACUCUUCAAUCUAUCCAUCGAUCUCUAUGCGUCGUCGCCCUCGUCGAACUCUGGAUCCGCAAUGGCGGAUGGCGUCGAGCAAAACCAAGAGAACAAGCACGAGAAGAAACAAAGUGGAGAUGCUGUUGUGAUGAUGCCGCAAUUCUGGGCUAAGAAAGCCGUAGAUAUAGCGGAUGUCCUCGCGAUGAAUUCCGCUGGGGGAGGCGAUGGUGGACUGCUUGCAAAGGUUCUCGGGGAGAGGUGCCAGAGGCUGCAGUGGGACGUUUAA